UAUUUGUGGGGUUCUAGAAGGAGCUGUAUAGAUAGAGACCUUUGCUUACUUCACUUCCUUCCCUUCCCUCUUUUCAUUAAUUCAUUCAUUCCUCUCUUAUUAUCUCUACCAGUUUCCUUCUUCUUCUUCUUCUUCUUGAAUCUCUCUAAGCUAAGGUAAGAGAUAUGGGGAAUUGCCAAGCUGUGGAUGGUGCAGUGCUUGUGAUCCAACACCCUUGUGGGAAGAUAGAGAGAUUGUAUUGGCCAGUCACUGCAAGUGAGGUCAUGAGGACUAAUCCUGGCCACUAUGUUUCUUUGAUAAUACCAUUGCCUGUGCCACCACAGGAGCAGAAUCAAGAGAAGAAAACUGUGCGUUUCACACGCGUUAAGCUGCUCCGGCCUAAUGAGACUCUCAACCUUGGCCAUGCUUACAGGCUCAUCACCACUCAAGAGGUUAUGAAGGUGUUGAAAGCAAAGAAGCAUGCAAAGACAAGGAAGCCACAGGCUGCGGAGACCGAGAAGCCGCAUACGGUGCUGCCGGAGAAGCAGAGUUCAGCUAGUGAGGCACACACAGGAGGGGAUUCUACACAUCAGGGAAUGAGAGCAGAGAGACACAGGCCAAGAACGGCUUCAGCAAAUCCUGCUGUAGUGAGGUCAAAAUCCUGGCGCCCCUCCUUACAGAGCAUUUCAGAGUCAGCAAGUUGAUUGGUGCAUACUGCAAAGUUGUGACAUGUAUAGUGGCUCAUAGAAUAUUAUAUGAUUAGCCUCUAUAAUAAUGUCAGAUGUUCCUACUAGAUGGUUCCAGUUGCAUGGGCAUGGAAAUUCAACAGAUGAUUAAACCAAGAUUUCUCUUUCAUCAACAAUCAUACCCUCAGCAGCAAAACCAUGCUCCAGUGGUAACAUGUUUGUAUAGUACCAACAAGACGAAAAAAAAAAUAGAGUAAUGAAUGUAAAAAUCUGUUAGAAGUGAGUUUUGUGAUUGACAUAGUUACAGCAUCCACAUAUCUUCCUUUUAGUUAUUAUAUUUAGCAAAUAAGCAAUUCUUACGUACAACUUGAAGGAAACUUUUUUAUAACAAAAAAAAAUGCAUAUAAAGUGGAAGUUAUAUUAGUUGA